AUGUUACUCUCGGCCUUAACGUUGCAAGCUAACGAAAAUGGGGUGAAAACUGCUAUUUUCCUGUCGCCAAAGUUUGUGCUGGGACCAGGAAAAGUGGAGAAUAAAUUCUACCAUAAUAUCGACUUUCCAAGAGGCCAUAUUGCAAUUAAGGAAUUUUAUGGUGAAGUGGUCGAUGAUAGGGGAAAUCCUGUGCCUCUGCGUGAAACUUAUCUCCACCACUGGGUUGUAGAAAGAGAUUACAUCCCUAAGGGUAAUGGCAAUCAGGAGCUUCACUUGUCAAAGAAUAUUGUAGUAAGAAACUCUGGAGUAUGCCAGGGAAAUGUUCUGGGGCAGUAUUUUGGUUUUGGAUCUGAAACACGCAAAACAAAGACUUACAUUCCAGAUCCAUAUGGCAUAGAAGUUGGGAAUCCAAUGGAAAUUCCUAAUGGUUAUGAGGAGAGAUGGUUGCUCAAUAUUCAUGCAAUUGAUACACGUGGUGUGGUGGAUCGGCUGGGAUGCACAGAAUGCAGGUGUGAUCUCUAUAAUAUCACAAGGGAUCAGUUUGGCCGGCCUAUUGAUCCAGGGUAUACGGGAGGCCUAUUUUGUUGUUAUGAUCAAACACAGUGCAGAGUGCAAGAAGGUUUUGAGAGUAUCAAGAGAAGCCUCUACUUGAGAUACACUGUGAAAUGGGUAGAUUGGGAAGACACUAUUGUGCCUGUUAAGAUUUAUAUACUAGAUGUUACUGAUACCAGGAAGAGGGCAAGUGAUGCAGCAAGACUUGGUGCUUUACAUGGUUGCCAGGUAUUUUAA